AAUCUUAUUGGAAUUUUAGUUCACCGCUCGAAUCGAAUUCAUUCACUUGUUUAUUGUCUUGCAUUCGCACGCGUCCGCGAAAUUUCAACGCCAUUAAUUCUACUAUUUAAUUUCUUCUGUUUUGUUUUGGUGGUUGGUGCCACUGUGAGCACAGGAUUUUUAUUUACCUGAAAUAAAAUUGACACGAACGUGGCAUAAACAAUAACAAAAGCAAGUGUUUGCAAAAUCUCUGAAAGUGCACUUCUCGAAAGGUUUUACGAUAUCCAUUUCGACGCAUAUUUUGUGGUGGGCGUGGAUUUAGCGCAUAUUGCAGCUCGAAAUUUACAAAAACAAGUGCCAAAUUACAACAUUUUCAAACAAGACGAAGGUAGUUUUUGAAAAUUCCUUGCGUUUCUUAUUCGACAGUGUAUUGUUGUACAUACAGCAAUAUCGAAAUUGUAAAAUAAAUUAGUUCGGAGAAAAAGAUUCCAGAGUUUUGCAUUAAACAGUGACAGAAAGUCUUAAAUUUUGUGGACACUAUAGUUCAUGACCGAAAAUAAGGGAACCAUGCUGGCGAAAUCCGUACAAAAACACGCUGGACGUGCCAAGGAAAAGAUUUUGCAAAACUUGGGCAAAGUCGAUCGUACCGCUGACGAUAUCUUCGAUGAACAUUUAAAUAACUUCAAUCGCCAACAAACCAAUGCCAACAGAUUACAAAAAGAGUUCAACAAUUACAUCAGAUGCAUUCGAGCUGCUCAAGCUGCUUCCAAGUCGCUAAUGGAUGCCAUAUCGGAAGUCUAUGAACCACACUGGGUCGGCUACGAUGCGUUGCAGGCGCAGGCUGGCGCAACCGAAAGCCUUUGGCAAGAUUUCGCCCAUAAAUUGGCCGAUCAAGUACUAAUUCCAUUGAAUACGUACACUGGACAAUUUCCGGAAAUGAAGAAAAAAGUGGACAAACGCAAUAGAAAGCUGAUCGACUAUGAUGGGCAACGUCACUCGUUCCAGAGUCUACAGGCGAAUGCCAACAAGCGCAAGGAUGAUGUUAAGCUCACUAAAGGACGCGAGCAGCUGGAGGAAGCACGUCGCACAUAUGAAAUUCUCAACACUGAAUUGCAUGAUGAGUUGCCCGCCUUAUAUGACUCAAGAAUAUUGUUUUUGGUUACCAAUUUGCAGACGCUCUUUGCAACGGAACAAGUGUUUCACAAUGAAACGGCGAAGAUCUACUCCGAAUUGGAGGCGAUUGUGGACAAAUUAGCAACGGAUUCGCAACGCGGCUCGAAUACGCUACGCAAACAAACUAGUAAAUUUAUGGAAAGCUCUUCCUUUUCCGCUCCAAGCCCCACAAAGACGUCGCCAUUCAAGCAAAUGAACAACACAAGCCCCACUAACAACAGCAACUAUCAAAAUCAGAUCACCACAAAUGGCUCUAGUAAUGUCAAUAGUCCAUCAUCCACAUCCACAAGCUCUUCACAUCAAACAUCCAGGCUUGACUCAGUUUCUCCAACACCAGAAUCGACGCCGGAAAUUUUGAAAGCCUCCACUGCGGCCGCCCCCACCCUCUCCAACGCCAGCGUUGGCUCACCAUCUUCGCCGGAAAAUAGCCCCCUCGCCGGACCAGUGGCUCCGCCUUCAUAUCAGCAUGCUGCUGACCUACUUUCGACAGUUACAAAUGUAGCGACGCCGAAUAAUAGUAAUAACAGCAGCGAGCAACGCCACAGCGCUGUACUCGACAGUCCAAAUGCGAACACCGCGAACACUCUCGGUGCGCCGACAGAGACAGAGAAGAACGAAAAUACAAUUGUUGCGCAAACGCAAAUUGCUGCAGCUGCUGCAACUGCUGCCGGCGCUGAAGCAUCAUCAAUCAGGACCGACGCAGUAGCAACCAACAACAAAGUAGAAGCGGCAGCGGCGACCUCUAACAGCGUAGACGAGGGUAGCAGCCACACUGCAAAAAAAGGGGCGAAACCAACACCAGAACAGCUGAAUGGUAACAGCAGCGACGACAUCAAUGGGAGUUCAUUGGCGACGCAAUCGACCACCACCAAUGCUACCCCACCGGCGACCGCAACAACACCAACGACAACGGCGACAGAUGUUAACAACGGCAAUGCGGAUGAGACGAGUAAAAAAUCAGGAGGUAAAGUCAUUCAAAAGUCACCAAAAAGACACAAAGCACAGUUAUUGAACCCAUUGAAUUUGAUUCGAAAAUCUCGCGCCGCUGCGACUGUGCCCAAUCAAUGUGAAAACGUUGAUAAGCGCACCGUCCCUACCAAUGACCAUAAUAUCAAAGUUAAUAACGAAGCUCCCGCAAAUUCGGAGCAAAAUAUUAAUGCUGUUAAUCCGCAAAACAGCCACAACGGUCAAAAGCUAGAAGCACCGGUUAGUAAAAAUCCUUUUGAAGAAGAUGAACAAAUCUACGAAAUACCAACUGACGCCACCACAUCGGAUUUGCCAGCAGGUGUGCUUUACCGUGUCAAGGCGACCUAUGGCUAUGUGAAGGAGGACGUCGACGAAUUAAGCUUCGAAGUUGGCGAUAUUAUACGAGUUAUUGAGUAUGACGAUCCGGAGGAUCAGUUUUUCAUUUCAAAUUUGCAGGAGGAAGGCUGGUUGAUGGGCCAGAAGGAGGGUACAGACGAGAAAGGUUUAUUCCCUGCUAACUUCACACGGCCGAUCUAGACGACCAAGCGGCGGACAAGCAGCAAACAACAGCAGGCCAGUGCAACGAACAAAAGAGCAUCAAUCAAUAAAAAAUAAGUGAAGCAUAAGAAAAGGAAGCAAAGCUAUCUACAUCGAGAAUUUAGCACCGAGUUUUAAGCAGAAGUAGACAAUGAAAGGCCGUAAAUACAGUCCAAAAAUGGCGUUAAAUUGACUGCAGCGAAUGCAAGAAUAAUUGUUGAUUUUUUUUUAUAAAUAUUUAUAAAUGAAUUUUCUCUGUAGAAAAAUCUAUGUACUCUUCUAUCCUAUAAAGCACACAGAAGCAAUCAAAAAAGCAAACUGACGAAAUUUGCUGUAGAACUUCUGAUUUGGACGCCAACUUUUACAUUUGGACGUACAAUAUAUACAAUAGAAUGUAUUAACAUACGUACAUAUAUUACAUUAUGUAGUAACUACACGCAUACAUACAUAUGUAUACCCAUGCAAAGUGCAUAUAUUUUCUUCUGCUGUCUUAUACAUAUAUAUGUAUAUAUUUUUGUUCAUAUUUGCAAUACUACAUAUUUUUAUUUAUAUUGACUAUUUUUGUUUUCAAUUAAAAAAAGAACAGUAAAAAAACUAAACAUUAAAAGCUUCUUUUUUUUUUUUGAUGAAUGCAGAAGUUAGUAAAAAUACGCUGUUGAUCAUAAUAUUUGUGAGAUCAAAGGAAUCGGCCGGAUUCUGUAUUCAUGCCACGGCAUUAGAGAAAAAAAAACUUUGUUUUAUGUGAGUUUUCAUUUUAUUUUUCACUCGUGCUUCCUUACCACAUUUCUUGAAUUCAAAUCUUUUACAACAAAAAUGUGUAUUUGAAUUCGAAUUGUAAAUUGAUUAUUUCACUAAUUAAUACAUAUCAGAUUUCGUUUAUCAAAAAAAGUUAAAUCAACUUUUCAGAUGAAAGUUGAUCAAAAAUUUAUUGUUAUUGUUAAUUUUUUAAUAUGUAUACAUAUUAUAUUUUAAUAAAUAAGUUUCACUUGAGAAUGGGUAAAACGGAGUAGGCUAAAAGCGCUAACUAAUAUUUAUUAACAAACUAUUUAUUUACUAUAAAUUUGAAAGAAAACAAGAGUUAAGUAUCCAUUUUUGGUUGGUUUGGUGGCUAUGCGAUCAACAUUUUGCUUAAAAAUGGAAUGUUUAUGUAAACAAAAAAACAAUACAAAACAAGUAUAUUAGCAAAACUUAUAGAUACAUAAAGUGUUGAUUUACACUGAAGUUCGCCGCCGAUCGUAAGAAAGUGGAAUGCACAUUUUAAUUAAAACAAAUCAGAGAAAUUAUUACGUGGGAAUAACGAGGGGGAAAUCAGUAUAAACGUAGCAUACAAAAAUCAUUUAUACAAAAAUGCAAAAACAUGCAUACGAUAUAAACGGAAAUUAAUGAAAAUGAAAAUGAAAAUAAUAAACAAGGCCACAAACCUGUUUUCAGGCAGUUCACAAUAUUUAUCAAAAAUUGACCUCAACAAAAUUUGACGAACACAUUAAUGCAAAUAUUUGUAUGUACGUUUUACAUAUCUGCAUUUGAUAGUUAGAAUUUGUGCGCAAAACAAGAGCAUACAUACAUACAUACAUAUGUGUUAAAUAACAGUCUACUUACGUUAGAGUUAAGCGUAAAAAAAUAAUGAUUAUAAAAAUAAUAAUUUUGAUAUAUGUAAAUCCCAGCAUGAAACGAAAAAACAAGAACUAAAUUAUAUGGGACAUUUUUGUGAGUUACAACAUUAUUGUG